AUGGAAUCGCCCACAGCAGAUCCGGAUACACAGGCUGAGGUAGAUCUCAUGAUACUGGAUUACCUCCUGUGCAUGGCCAUUGACCAAGUCCUGGACUCCGGGAAUGGUAAAGUUGAAGAUGACACUAGCUGGAGUCUCGAUACGAUCAACACCAUCAAGACUGCACUCUUACCAUCGGACACUCUUCCCAAAGACAUGCAGAUAAAAACCCAGAUACUAGAGCUCGCACAAUUGUUCAGUGAUGGCAAUGGAAAAACGGAGCCAAGCAGAGGACUUGCUACAGAAUUGUCGCAGGAAGACCAGCGCAGGAGUCCAAUUACACGAUCUGGAAGAAGCACCCCCCAACCAUACCAGCCCCAUAAAAGCGAUAAAGUACCCGCCCAUGAUACCCGGGUUGUCGCCUUCGAUAGAUCCUACAAUGCGCUAGUCCGAUUUGUCACACUUUGCGGCACUGUGAGAGACAAUUUACCAGAUGGACACGCUGAUAUUGCUGCGAAUUUAAUAACCCAAGCUGCACUGAACGAGUACCACACUGCGGGUGUUAAGGCGCCAGGCAGGUACAGAGAAUGCACUGAACGUGUCACUGCGUGCCUGCGCGAAGCCUUGGAUCCGUAUGCAGAGCAGGUAAGCCUAGCAUACCUGAGCACCCUGUUACCAUCCAUCGACCUUGCAUCAGCCGAGUCGGAAGGAUCUGGGCGGAAGUCACCACGCGGAGAUACUAUUACCCGCUCGGUACAUCGUUUCCUGACCGACCUCAUGAAGACACUAGACCCUCCAAUACUCAUUCAACUCGAGAGAGGAAAACUUGGAGGACUGAGCCGUGAAGAGACCCAGCAGUUGAAGGACAGGAUAGGGCUUUGA